AUGGCUGUAGCUACAAAGGCUCGCAUUGACACGGGCCUCACGAAACGCUCAAGCGAUGUGAGCGAAUUGCGCUUGCUGCUCGAAGAAUCGCGCAGGGAAAAAGCGGAGCUGCUUGAGGAGUCACGCAGAGAGAAAACGGAGCUGCAGGCUGUGAUUACCCAGCUCCAAGUCGAGCUCGGGCUUAUGCGGCAGCAGCUUGCAGAAAGCUCUGAACGGGUAGAACGCGCAGCACAGGAGGCGCGGGAAGAUGCCAGGCGUCGCGAGGACACCCUCAGAGAGGAAGCGGAAAAACGCACGAAGGCGUUACGCGAAGAGGCCCAGCGCGAUCGGGAGCUGAUCUCAUUGCUUAUGGGAAACAGUUCCAAACCCAGCCAUUCAAGAGGCAAUCAGCAACAGCAGCAGCAGCAGCAGCAAAAACAACACCGACAACCAUCACGGCAGUCACUAACUGUGCGACAGUCGCAAGAGUUGCAACCGUCACUACGUCAGCUCCAACGACAGCACCAGGAAAGUGAAUUGAUAGAAGAAGCCUCAUCGUCAGCGGGGACACUCGCGGAUUCCUUCGCAGAAGUUGUCCAGCGAAAGUCGCGUCGUUGGCAGGAGCUGCGGACGGAGCGGCGGAAACAACAACAACACCAGCAGGAGCAGCCGAGGGCGGGUCUGCAGACAAUAGACGCAGCUGGUCAGCAACAUCAACGGUGCGAAAACCUGCAGAGACGCUCUGCUCGGAAGAGGCCAGAUGAAAUAUUCGUGGCACCGGGUACGGGUCAAACCUAUCAAACGCUGUACGAAAAAGUUCGUUUGAACCCGAAUCUGGCUGAGGAAAAUCGCCAGAUUCGAAGGGGACAUCGAACGGCGCGCGACCACCUGCGCCUUAAACUGGAGCGCAACGCUGACGCUGUAGCCCUCAUGAGAAAAAAUACAGGAAGAGUUAGGUGA